AAGGAAAACAUCAUGUCUCAAAUGCAUAAAAUAGCACAAAAUGUAUGCCGUUUCCUAUGGUGGAUCGAUUUGAUCCAUGAUCGACCUCUAGGGCUGCUUAAGAAAAGCGUGCACGCGACAUUAUCUUGACUAGGUGAACCUGGAUCGAAUUAGCGGGACUGCGUGAACUUCAAUUACCUUUUAUGAAACCGUUUUAGCCCAAACUCAUUUGUUAGGUUAAUUCAAGUCAGGUUUUGGAGUUUAAUCCUCGCUUUUCUUAGCAUCUUUUAUGAAACAGCCCUCAGGUCUUCACUGAGAGAUGUUUGUUUCUGUUUCGUUUUGAUUGGAGCUUGAAUUAGUGUCGGUGCUGAACGAACAUCAGUGAGUUUGACGUCAGUGAAGGAAGAUUGCAUCCGUUUUGCAUCUGCUUGUGCAUCAGCAUUGUGACACACAAGAUGAGAUGGAAGAAGACAAGCUGAAACACAAGGAAGUCAAGAUGAGCAACAGCGCUCUCACUGGAGUCAGUGUUGAUCUGAAUGCUCAGACGGGAGCAGCUGUAAAUGCUUCUGUACUCACUGGAAACACCAUCACAGGACCAGUGACCUUCAACUAUAACACUGCAGGACCACAGAAUAUCACAGAGAAACACACAGAAGAGCAAGUGGAUUUGAAUCUGAAAAAAUUCUUGGGAUCUCACAAGACCAACAUGAAGGAGGAAGCAGAGUGUGUAUUUGAGGGCAAGAAAGAAAAUGAAGCACAUCUCAAUGAUGUUUACACAGAACUGUUCAUCACAGAGGGAGAUAUGAAAGAUGUCAAUCAGGAACAUGAGAUUAUGAAGAUUGAUGAUGUUUUCAAGAAUAAAAAAACACAGGACAAACCAAUCAAAUGCAAUGAUAUAUUUACAUUACUAAGAGGUAAAAAUGAGAAAAAGAUUGUUCUGACCAAGGGAGUUGCUGGCAUCGGAAAAACUGUCUCUGUGCACAAGUUCAUCCUGGACUGGGCAGAAGGAAAAGCCAAUGAUUUUAUUGACUGUGUAUUCCUGCUUCCAUUCCGAGACAUUAACUUGAUGACAAAUGAAGAUUUCAGUCUCCAUGAGCUUCUGCUGGAAUUUUAUCCUGAACUGAAGGACCUGGAGAAAUCAAAAUUAUAUAAGGAAUGCAAGAUAGCAUUUAUAUUUGAUGGACUUGAUGAGAGUCGCCUGGCUUUGAAUUUUAACAGUAGAUCAUUGAAUUCCACUGAGAAAAGAUCAUCUGUAGAUGUGCUGUUCACAAGUCUGGUCAAAGGGAUUCUGCUUCCAUCAGCUCUCAUCUGGGUGACCUCACGACCAGCAGCAGCCAAUCGGAUCCCUCCUCGGUAUGUGGGUUUGUUCACAGAGGUGCAAGGAUUCACUGACCAACAGAAGGAGGAGUACUUCAGAAAGAGAAUCACAGAUGGGACUCAGGCCUCCAGAAUCAUCUCACACAUUAAGAUGUCUCGUAGUCUCUACAUCAUGUGUCACAUUCCUGUGUUCUGCUGGAUCACUGCCACAGUACUUCAGGAUAUUCUCAAGAACAACACUGAGAACAUCAGCACAACACUCACUGAAAUGUACAGUCACUUCCUACUGAUACAGACAGACAUGAAGAACCAGAAGUAUGAUGAACAAGAAGAAAGAGAAUGUGCAAAGCUCUUACAUUCAAAUAAAGAAAUGAUUUUGAAGUUAGCCAAGCUAGCGUUUGAACAGCUGAAGAAGGAUAACAUUGUGUUCUAUGAGGAAGAUCUGGAAGAAUGUGGUAUUAACAUGAGUAAAGACACUGAGUUCACAGGAAUGAUUGCCGAGAUCUUUAAGAAGGAAGAUGGAUUUCGUGAAAAAAAGGUCUUCUGCUUUGUGCAUCUGAGUGUUCAAGAGUUCCUCGCUGCAGUGCAUGUGUUCCUCUGCUACCUGAGCAAGAACAUGCAGGAGAUUCAGUUUUUCUUUGAGAUGCCAAAAGAAAACAUCACACUGCAGGAGCUACUAAAGAAGGCUGUUGAUAAAGCCAUGAAGAGCGAGAGAGGACAUCUGGACUUGUUCCUGCGGUUUCUGCUGGGAAUUUCACUGGAAUCCAGUCAAACCCUGCUCAAAGGCCUGAUCCCACACACUGAAGACACCACAGAGAGCAUCACAAAAACAACUGAACACAUUAAACAAGUACAAAACAAGAAUAUCUCAGAUGAAGCUUCAGUCAACCUGUUUUACUGCUUACUUGAGCUCAAGGACCAUUCAUUAUAUGAAGAGAUCCAGAGAUACAUCAGUUCAGAUGAACAUCCAGGGAAAAAACUCUCAUCUUCAAUGUGCACAGUGCUGACCUACAUACUGCUGAUGUCAGAGGAGGUGCUGGAUGAGUUCAACCCAAAGAGGUUUACGUCAUCACAGGCAGACAACAAGAGACUCGUUCCAGCUGUGAAAUGCUGCAGAAAAGCCUUAUUUGAUGGCUGUGGUCUUGAUGAAACAUGCUGUGAAACAGUAUCUUCAGUUCUACAAUCACCAAAAUCCCAUCUGAGAGAGUUGAACCUGAGCAGCAAUCACCUGAAGGAUUCAGGAGUGAAGUUGCUUUCUGAUGGACUAAAGAGUUCAGAAUGUAAACUGAACAUACUGAGGCUAUGUGGGUGCAAUCUGACUGGUCAGUCCUGUGAAAGUUUGUCUUCAGCUCUACAGUCAUCAAAGUCUGUCCUGAAAGAGCUGGACCUGAGUAACAAUGACCUGCAGGAUUCUGGAGUGAAUCUUCUUUCUGAUGGACUGAAGAGUUCAAACUGUCAGCUGCAGAUACUGAGCCUUACUCACUGUAGACUCACUGUUCAGUCUUGUGAGAGUUUGUUAUCAGUUCUACAAUCCUCAAACUGUGUCCUGAGAGAACUGGACCUGAGUAACAAUGACCUGCAGGAUUCUGGAGUGAAGCUUCUUUCUGAUGGACUGAAGAGAAACUGUAAGCUGGACAUUUUGAGGUUGUCUGGCUGUAUGGUGACAGAGGAAGGCUGUGGUUAUGUGUCUUCAGCUCUGAGUUCAAACCCCUCACACCUGAAGGAGCUGGAUCUGAGCUACAAUCACCCAGGAGACUCAGGAGUGAAGCUACUCAACCAUCCAAACUACAGACUGGACAAACUCAAUGUGGAUCAUGGAGGAGAGUUCAGGAUUACAGCAGGACUGCACAAAUAUUCCCAUCGGAUCACUCCGGAUCUGAACACAGUGAAUAAACGCCUCCGUCUGUCUGAGAGGAACACAGUGAUUACUGUCACUGACACACCACAGCCGUAUCCUAAUCAUCCAGACAGAUUUGAUGUGUAUCCUCAGGUGUUGUGUAGAGAGAGUGUGUGUGAUCGACGCUGUUACUGGGAGAUUGAGUGGAGUGGAUUAUGUGUGUGUAUAUCAGUGUCAUAUAAGAGCAUCAGCAGGAAGGGAGACUGUGAUGAGUGUGUGUUUGGAUAUAAUGAUCAGUCCUGGAGUUUGAUCUGCUAUCCUGACAGAUACUCAUUCAGACACAAUAACAUAUGGACUGAUCUCCCUGUAAAGCCCAUCAUCAGGAGAACAGUGAAUGAGGAGAAUCACUAUAGAGCAGGAGUGUAUGGGUAUGACUAUAGACUAGGAGUGAAUGAUGAUGAUGAGGAGGAGGAGGAGAAGAAUCACUAUAGAGUAGGAGUGUAUGUGGAUCACAGUGCAGGAACUCUGUCCUUCUACAGCGUCUCUGGAGACACAAUGAUCCUCAUCCACACAGUCCAGACCACAUUCACUCAACCGCUCUAUCCUGGGAUUGGGUUUAGUCGUUAUGGAUCAUCAGUGAAACUGUUCUAGAGUCUCUUCAUGACAUUAACACUGAAAUAUCAGGACACAGUAAAUGUGUGUUAAUGACUCAGAGUCACAUGAUGAAGUAAAUGUUGAAAUAUUGUAAUAAAUGUUGAACUCAGUGUAUGUAUAUUGUGUCAUGUGGUGUCGUUAUGAGGAGCAGGAGUGACACUUACAGAUUUAGAUCCACUAACCCACUGAAAAAUAACAUCAACAAUCAAUUCAUCAAUUUAAUCAUUCAAACACAAAUGGACAUUUUUACAUGCAUCAAUAAAUACACACAUUUAAAACUGUUUAUUUGAUUCAUGUUUUAAACGUACAUUAAUAAAUCAUUUUAAAUCUCUUUUUAAAAGCUUUGGCCAAUUGCUUUUCUUUAUCCGUUUGUCAGUCGAGUUAAAAACGCCAUUGGUCAGGACACACGUGGAGCAACCAAUCAGCUUUCACCUCAGUGUGAAGAGCCAAUCCUCUGUCACUGUGAAUGUAACACGCGCUGUCAUUGGACAGUGAGAACAGCUAUUCAUUCAUUAAAUAUGAGAGUUGAGACACUCUGACUGAAAGAGUCUCAAACCGUCUACUUCUCUACUAUACAGUAGGCGAGAGAAUAAGUGUGUCAGAAACCUCAGUGAUCAUCAAAGAGUAGCGAGAAUUACCCGCGUGACGUACUGAUUCUCGCCAGAUUGUGACGUGUUGAGAUGCAGCAGGACUGUGAACACGUGAUUGUUGAUCAAUAAGUUUGAAUAAAGCGUUGUUUCAUGUGUU